AUGAUCUAUCUAUCUAUCUAUCUAUCUAUCUAUCUAUCUAUCUAUCUGAAUUUCUUUAUCGCUCUCUGUUCCUCUCCCUCUAUCAAUCGAUCAUGGUCUUUCCUUAGCUAUUUAGUUAACUUGAUUGCCUUGUGUAAUAUUCUUUCUCUCUUUUAUCUUAACUUUCUUCGCUCCUGUUUUACUUUAUCAAUCCCCGCUUUCUUUCGGUUUUCAUUCAUCUAUUUUAAUCAUUCCAUUCUAUCAUUUAUGGAAUAUUUACCUGUUCCUUCUUCGUUUUCCUAUUUGUCUUUGGCGCUUCUUUUUAUCCACCUCCAUCUAGCUCGCUAUCUGGGUAUAUUUCAGUCUGUUCAUAUAUCUUUCUCAGAAUCUAUCUAUCUAUCUAUCUAUCUAUCUAUCUAUCUAUCUAUCUAUCUAUCUAUGUCUGUUCAUAUCUAUCUAUUUAUCUAUUUAUCUCAGUCUAUUCAUAUCUAUCUAUCUAUCUAUCUAUCUAUCUAUCUAUCUAUCUAUCUAUCUAUCUAUCUAUGUCUGUUCAUAUCUAUCUAUUUAUCUAUUUAUCUCAGUCUAUUCAUAUCUAUCUAUCUAUCUAUCUAUCUAUCUAUCUAUCUAUCUAUCUAUCUAUGUCUGUUCAUAUCUAUCUAUUUAUCUAUUUAUCUCAGUCUAUUCAUAUCUAUCUAUCUAUCUAUCUAUCUAUCUAUCUAUCUAUCUAUCUAUCUAUCUAUGUCUGUUCAUAUCUAUCUAUUUAUCUAUUUAUCUCAGUCUAUUCAUAUCUAUCUAUCUAUCUAUCUAUCUAUCUAUCUAUCUAUCUAUCUAUCUAUCUAUCUAUCUAUCUAUCUAUCUAUCUCUGAUAUACGGCCAUACCACGCUUUCCAUAUUUUUCACAGUCUCUUCACAUCUAUCUAUCUAUCUAUCUAUCUAUCUAUCUAUCUAUCUAUCUAUCUAUCUAUCUAUCUAAGACAAUUUCCUACGAUAAGUACAGUAUCUCUCUCUCUCUCUAUCUAUCUAUCUAUCUAUCUAUCUAUCUAUCUAUCUAUAUAUAUAUAUCAAAUUUUCGGUUUUAAAUCGACCGCACAGACGUCUGUUCAUUUUCUCUCUCAGAUGCUCUCAACAAUACGACUUUUCCCUCUUUACCACCUUCAUUUCUCGAGUGCAGUCUCACUUUUUCGUGUCUAA